AUGAAGCGUGGCGAAGCGGCAUCAUGUACUUAUGUCGGUCGCGGACCUCGAGCCAAAGCCCAGCAUGAGCGCUCUAGUCCAACACUUGUUCAAGAUCGACUACAGCAUUUGGAGAACCUGGUUAUGUCGCUGGCUCAACAGCAGAAGCCCAGCGAUCAAGUUACUGACUUCAAUACUGGAUUGCCACAAGAUAUCCUGGGCUAUGACACGCCUCCUUCGGCAAAUGACCGUGAAACUAAAUCAUCGCCUCGUGAUACAGGCACUUUGGUUAUUAGUGAUGAAGGCACCAGUUACAUUGAUAGUGCGAACUGGCGUGCUAUUCUAGAAGAGAUCAAUGGAGUGAAGGAAUAUUUGGACGAACAAGAAGAGAAUUCUGACAAUGAUGCUCCUGAGGAGGAUCCAUAUGAUGAUUCCUCACCAGUGCUUCUGCUUAGCAUGUCGAGGAAGGUCACCAAGCAAGAAAUUCUUGUCGACAUUCCCGUACGAUCGAUUGCCGAUCGACUAAUUUCUCGCUUUUUGAAAACAUUUGAACCAUCAAUAGUUGUCAUCCAUGUCCCAACAUUUCGCAAGGAAUAUGAGCAAUUCUGGAACAAUCCUCAGGACAUGUCAUUUACUUGGAUUGCAUUGCUGUAUGCAAUCAUGGCCUUGUCUAUCUCUCUCCUUCGUCGCAGUGAGGAGCCAUUUCCUAUCAGCGAGGUGGAUCCGAUGAGCCUGUGGGAUGUUUUCCGCAGAAGAGCUUCACAGUGUCUUGUCCAGUCGAACUACUUAGUUCCUGGAAAAUACAAGCCCGAGGCGGUCUUCCUCUAUUCACUUUCCGAAUUUCUUCGCACUCAGGAUACUCAGAUUGGAGUGUCAUAUCUCCUUGGAAUUACCAUUCGACUUGCGCUGCACAUGGGCUACCACCGCGACCCGAGUCACUAUCCCAGCUUAUCCGCAUUCGAUGGGGAAAUGCGCCGGCGUUUGUGGGCAAUGAUAUGUCAACUCGACACCCUGGUCUCAUUCCAAAAUGGUCUCCCGCGAACCGUACAGCCUUACUACUGUGAUUCUGAGAUACCUUCCAAUCUAUUGGACACCGACUUUGACGAGAACUCCGUCCAGUUGCCACCUGGUCGACCGGAUGAAGAGAGGACGGCUUGCUCGUACACACGAUCAAAAUCACGUCUCAUGGCAGCCUUUGGGCAGAUUUGCGACUCGGCCUAUACGCGAGAGCCAGUAUCAUAUGAUGAAAUCAUGGCAAUGAAUCGUCGUCUCGAUAUAGAACACGAUCGACUGCCUUCAUUUUUCCGUGCACGACCAAUGUCCCAGUCUAUGGGCGACCAAACAGAUCUCAUACUAUGGCGGUAUAACCUGAAUCUAAUCUACCAAAAAUCCCGUAUCGUCUUGCACCGUCGGUAUAUCAACGAGACACAUGGUAAAUACGCCAAUUCGCGAAGGAUCUGUAUCGAUGCGGCCAGUGCGUCGCUGCGACACCAUGCUGAUAUCUGGAGCGAGUCAUUGCCAGGUGGACAAUUAUAUUCAGAGCGUUUCCUACUCAACUCCCUUCAAAACACCGACUUUAUGCUCUCCGCUAUGGUUCUCUGUCUAGUGCUGUCGCAUGCCAACGACAGUGGAGAUCCUGCUCGAUUACAGACGCGGGAGCACAAGGAACUCCUGCUGCUAUUGGAGAAUACACACAAAAUUUUCAAGCAGACUCCACGGCGGUCUACGGAUACCCAGCGGGCAUUUGUCGCGCUGAGUAUCAUGCUUAGCCGAGUGCAAGGCCGCAGCCUUGAAAGUCUCACCUCAAAUAUCGAGGAGGAUACGAGUACAAUGGAGACUCGAAAUCUAUUUCAACCAAUGCCCACGAUCAACCAACAGCAGUACCCGAUGGUUUCUCUGGGGGACAUGCAAGCUACUAACACAAUGUAUACUGACGCUUCCGAGACUCCGUCAUAUUCUUCUCUGGGUGUGAUUGACGAUAUGCUUAGCACGCCUGCUCAGUUAGACUGGACCACCCCUCCACCUCUCAUGAAUCCCACCCGGGCUUUGCGAUUUCAAAAUCGCACAAUCACCACCCUAGCACGGCCUCAAUGCGCCUCGCUGCGAGCAGCCCUUCCAACCAACACAAUCUUGAGGGAACACCAACUCCCCUCACGCCAGUUAUCACCGUCAUGCAUAUACCAAUUCCAAAAACGAUCCUUCAAUCUCUCAUCGCUCUCCUCAUUCCUACCCUCCGGCAACAAUAACGGCGACAACUCGCCAAAGCGCGUCCUAAAGGCCUCCCGCACACUUCCCUACUCACCCGCCCCCCUCUUCAAAGUGAUCUCCUCCGUCGAAGCGUACUCCGAGUUCCUGCCAUUCCUCAAUGCGUCAACAGUUACAGCGCGCGACCCCCAAACGGGUUACCCGACGCAGGCAUUCCUGACUAUUGGAUAUGGCCCGCUUAGUGAGACCUUUACUUCGCGCGUGGAUUGCGAUCCCUCGAAGGGAGUUGUGGAAGCACGAAGUGGUGCGAAGUUUGGGAAGCCUGAGAGUAGUGCUGGUAGUAGCAGCUCGUCGGGUCUUAGUAGCUUCUUCCCCGGAGCGAAUGAGGGGAUCUUCGAGUACCUCUCUACGCGAUGGGAGUUGACACCACUUGAUGUGAAAGGUGGAUCGCCGCAGACUAAGGUGAACUUGAAGGUGCAAUUUGAGUUCCGGAAUCAGUUGCAUGCUACAGUUAUGGGCGCGGUGGAGGAUCAAAUGGCCGGUGUGAUGAUUGAGGCGUUUGAGAAGCGAAUGAAGGAGAAGCAUGCGGAAGGCCAAUAA